GACACACAAAGUGACCGAGCUGUAAAGCCGACCAUCACAUUGUCCAGGGGCGACCCGUUGACCGGCCCGUACGCGCUUCUAUGGAGCGGCUUUGGAUCGCCGUGGCAACAUGUGUGCUCGCGUCCGCCUCUGUCAAAGUUUCAGAUGGACACUUUGGAAAUGAUCCUUCUCUUCGAGCCAACGACUGGUGGGGGGAGUAUGAGGAGGGGAUACGGCACUACAGCAAGGAGGCCCUCAGCAAGGAGUUUCCAGAGAAAACUCGACCGGCGAGCUUCAAUCAGCCCGUGUUUCAGUGUCCGGACAUGAGUCCUUCUUCCUCUGUGCCCUCCUCAGUGGAAUUUGUGAAGGCCGCAGACAUCAAAGUCAUCGCUGCUUUGGGGGAUUCGCUGACUACGGCGAUCGGCGCCAACGCCACCACCGUCCUCGGGAUCCCCAUCGAGUUCCGUCACGUAUCGUGGAGCAUCGGAGGUUUUGGCUCAUAUCAGCACGUCAUUACUUUGGCAAACAUCCUCAAGCUGUUCAACCCCCAUCUGCUCGGUGCUGCUCCCGGCAAGACGGUCCACGGCAUGCAGGCCCACAUCAGCGAAACGGGCUUCAACCUGGCUGUGACUGGACACAACACCUUCAACCUCCCGGGCCAGACGAGGCAUUUGAUCGACACGCUGAGAGGUUAUCAGGGUCUGAACUUUGAGAAGGACUGGAAGCUUCUGACCAUCCUCAUGGGCAUGAACGACAUCUGCGAUUACUGCAAGGAUAAGGCCCUGUUUUCAGUGGAUAACUUCAUUCACUACAUCACCAUCUCCUUGGAAAUGCUCAUGAACGAGGUUCCUCGCAUGAUCGUUAACGUCGUUCAGAUACUUCCCAUGCAGACUCUGAGGGAGGUGCAGAAGCCCACCCCGGGGUGCCUGCUCCAGAGGUCCUUCUGCUCGUGCCUGAUCGAGCCAGUCGCCAGGUCUCCAGAGCUCCAAGAGCUGGUAGAAGUCAAUCGGGAGUUCCAGAGAAGACUCGAGUUGCUGCUGUACAGCGAUCGCUUCUUCAGGGACAACUUCGCCGUGGUUCUCCAGCCCUUUCUGGAGCACGCCGACCCUCCCCGCCUGCCGGUAAACCCGCCCUCGCCGCAGACGCGGAACGGAAAGAUCGACAUGACCUUCUUCACUCACGACUGUUUCCACUUCACCAUCAAGGGGCACGAGGAGCUGGCCAAGGGGCUGUGGAACAACAUGUUCCAGCCGGAGGGGAGGAAGGUGACCGUGAGCAGCUUCUCUGACCCCAUCAGUCUCAUCUGUCCACCAAAGGAGCACCCGUAUAUCUUCACCCGACCGACAGCCGCCCGGUCCGGGCCGCCUCCGUCGCAGGGCGCCGUCUUCCUGCUGCUGCUGCUGCUGCUGCUGCUUCUUCUUGUUUUCGUGGGUUUCUGUUGAGGUGAUGCAGUGGAUUCGUCCUCAGAGACGUUGGAACCUGACACGUAUGGAUGGCGUCGCGCGCGCAGUGAAACUCUGGCUUGUUGCUCUUGGAUUUAAGUUCUAUUUGAUUUCUGCAAAUUGCAGGUUUUGUAAGCAUGAAGUGACAUUUAUGUGACAUUUAUACAUUAAACUAAUCUGAAGUGUUUUCUUUAAAAAAAAAACCCGAACGUGUUACUAUUCUUUAUUUCAACUUUCCUGACCUUUACAAAGUUUGUUAUGCUCUCUGAAGUCGAACUCCCUUUAUAGAAAUGUAACAACGCCGUUAUGCAGAACAUCCGAUCGGCUCGGGGGGGAAAGAAAGAUUCAAAGAUGGAAAGGGAUCUUGUCAAAUGUCAAUGUUGCCAGAAAGCCGUGACUUUUCCCGACCGGCUCGGCCCGCUUUCUCCUCUCUGUCCUCCGGGGACAAAGUAACCCACUGAACAAACACCCCGAGUGUGGAUGCGCUCGCCGAGUGCACGGCGCACUGCGUAUUGACUCUGUUCAAUCAGCGAGGGCAGGUGGACGCUAUAUUAAACGCAGCUCAGGUUGCUUUGAUUCAGCUCCUGAAAGGAAAUGAAAACCGCUCUGCAUGGGAGGCCUCAUCUGGAGCCCGGCGGGACGGUCGUCGAGGUAAACACGUGUUGCGUAAUGCGGGUAAAACCCAUUUAGGCUUUGAAUGGGAGAUUUUAAUGUGUUUAUUUAGUGGGCAUUUUCCUGGAUGCAGAAACACUUUAGCAUCAGAAAUGAACACCACUUGUUUAACGUUUUCUCUCCGCUGAUACAGAUGAUUCUCAAUGAUGUCAUUGUGACCUUUUCUCAGUGAAAGGAAAACCGUCUUCAACCGUUUUUUCGCGGGAACAAACCUGGCGCUGACGCAAAUGAGCCUUUAUUGAGGGUCUGGGAGCACAAUGAGGUCUUUGGGACCUGGUGGGCGGUGCGGUAGGAAAUGAGUCGUGGGCUCGUGUACAUUUGAGACAGAAGAGGGCAAACAAUUUUAUUAAGGACAGUUUUGUUGGUUGGUUGUAUUUACAAUGAGUUUGUUAAUAUAUAGAGACACCUUCAUAUAAUGACACUAUAAAAGAUUCUGCUUCAUGUAUUUUAGUUCAUCACUGUCGGCCCUUUGGUGAAUUUUCAUUACAAGCUCAACCACUUUAAAUGCUGGUAACACGUUACAUUUUUUUUUUUAUAGGCUUAUUUAUAUUUCCACCUGAACAGGUUGAAUCUGUCUCCAGAGUCUAGUUGUACAUGAAAGGGACAUUUCAUCUAUAUGUUGCUGUCCUGCCAAGCAGUCAAAAUAAUCAAUAGUAUUGACAAGUCCCAAUCAGAGUCCUGACACAAAAUCAAUUUCACUCAAUUUUAUCUAUUUUCUUCUUUCCUCAUUUCAUUAAAGUAAUCUAUGCUUGAACAGUCAGUUCGGUGCUCGAUGUUUUUCGUUUCGCUGCACCAUCCUUUCCUGUGCAACACAAAUAAGUUGAUAGCAAAAUGAUACCAAAUUGUGUGCAUAUUUUGUACCCUUAUUAUUGAAACAUAAUCUUCACUUUCAAUCUACACAUCUUUAAUGAUCCAACAAUGAAUCGACCAAACAUCAGUACAGUGCAUCACACCUUUAUUAAGCAUUUAUUUAUUGCUAAAUAAUGAUUAACACAUUAUGUAUCAUGUUAGAUUCAAUUCUGAUCCCAUCUUGUCUUUUCCGAUACAUUUUAAGGGUUUUAUGUUGCAUUUUCUCGGCUUAUGAAUCCAUUCAAGCCACCUGAUCAGAGUAAGAACACAAUAACAGCCAUGACAUCGAGACAAUCAUUUUUCAAUAAACCGUCACCUAGCAACACAUUCAGUCCGGACGGAGACAUGCUGAGCAAAUACAGAGCUUUGUCCCGCACGGGAGGACAACAUAAUGGGGACAGAGACACCAAACAUAUGCAUCUGUAUGCAAAAUAACACACUUGCUUUGUCCGAUCGAGGGGAUUUUCCACUCAUUCAAAUGUAUUUGUUACUAUAUUUGCGCCACUGGAGGACAC